CUUGUCAUCACAGCUAACUAUACCAUAUCAACAUAUCUUGAUGGAAUAAAAAACAUGCUUGAAGACAGAGAUUGUGAGACAUCAGCUAUGGUUGUGACAAGUAAUAUGAAAACUAACUAAUCUUGUCACCCAAUGAAAUCCGGAGAUUUUUAUCAUGUUAUCCAUCAAGCUUCCCAAAUGAUCCAUCAGUUGUCUUUAUUGAUUUCAUAAGAAGUUAUUCAUUGCUUGUGAAAAGUGAGAAUUGUUGAAGUAUUGGGAAAAUAUACAAAACCAUGCAUGUUAUGGAAAGCAUAAGAUAUGACAUUUUGGCGAGCAUGAAAAUAGUAUGUUAUUAACGCACAAAUCAUCAGUAUAACAGCUAAUAUACCUGAAACUAUAAAAAUCAUCCUAUAAUCAGAGAUGAAACAGGACAACUGGAAAGUACAGCUAAGUCAUUUAAACUGGAGAUUUGAAAAUCCAUCAGGGAUUUUAUAAUUGUGAAUGAAAUUUACCCAAAUGUUAUAUUGAAUUUUUUUCAACAUAUGCCGAUGGAAUCAGUUAGUGUAGGUUCGUAACAGGUUUUGUCUUAUUGAGUUUGUCGACGUUGAAAUCAAUUACAGCUCAACCCAUAUUGAAUUUGACACAAGGACAGUAUUAACUAAUGAUAGAACAGAAUUCUACAAAUAAAGAAAAUGACAAUCCAACUUAUAUCAAUAUUGUCAGUGUGUGUCCAUAUAGUCAUCAAUUAGAUCAUAUCUUUUUUAUAACAAAACUGACUCCAAAAGAGACAAAAAUAUUUCUGAACUGAAAUUAUCAUUCAGGCAGCCAGACAAUAAAUUAAGGAAGGAAUAAAAUUUAAUUGGAGAAAACAAAAAUGUUUAAAUAUAGAAAUGGAUAUAAUAAUGAACCAUCUGGUAAAAGUUAAAAUUGUGAAACUGACGAAUGACUACGUUAGACAUCAUAUUAUGAUUAUUGAUCACACUAUUGACAAGUAACUAUAGAGUCGUUAAACUUGAACAUAUUUCAUUUUAAAAAGAUAACACUUCUCAAGGAGUUAAUGCUGUAAUUGUGUACACUAUUAGACAUUUUUAACCUCUGUAACAACUAAAUGCAAUUUACUGCAAGAAGACAACAGUGAAGGAUACUAUACAAUGUUAACACCAUGAAGAAUUCUUUUUAACAAGAAUUUAGCCAAAUUAUAGCAGCAUACAAAUGGAUGAAAUCUAGAAGUGUUCAACAGUAAUUUCUUAAACAUAAGUAAGCACAAGAAUAAACUCGUUUGGAAGCAUUUGAAAUAGUCUUGGAUGUAUUUAAAAUAGUCUCGAAAGAAUAUAAAAUAUAUGUUACAUGGGAAUAUGUUCAUCACUGUGACGCAUUAUCAUGGAUUGCUUUGAUAAAUGUGAGUCUGGAAAAUGUUGUUCUAACAGUAAUCUUGGUUAAGUGUCUAGUACCGUGAUUAUAGUUUCAUUGUGACCAGGCAGUCAAUCAAGUCGUCUGAACGGACUUGAUUUCAUUAUUUUGUUUCUACCAUUUCCGAUAACUUUCAGACUGCAGAUCUGUUUCAUUUUUAACUUUUCUUUUCCAUUAUCAACAGCUUAGCAAAGGAUGAAAAUAGGAAAUACAAGCUUUCCUAGAUCAAAAGACAUUAUACGUUGAAAUAAACAAAAUGCAAUAAACUGGACGAUCGAGUACAAUUUAGAGCAUACAAAAAGAGACAUUUUAACAAAAUGGCUGGUGCAGGGAAUGUAACCAGUGUCACUCAAGUAACAGACACUGAAAUUGAACUUUAUUCAGUGGUGCUAUCAUCAACUACGUUGUGUCUUGCCUUAUUUUUUGGAAGCGGUGGAAAUAUAACCAUUUUGUUAGCAAUGUGUUUUAAUGGACUUAUGUCACGACUACGAUACAUAUUUUUGUCGAUAUUACUAAUUGUUUGUACAUUAUAUGACUUGUUAUGGUGCCCACUAGAGAUAUAUCAUCUUAUACAUCAUCACCAUUCACCAUACGAUGUAGGAUCAAAGGUCAAAUUCGCAGGUCAGUGUCUGUACAUAUGUCUAUUUACUGGAUUAUUCUGCAGUCUGGUAAUGAUCAGUAUUCACAGUUUGUGUGUACUGAUGGACAAAUUAGUACGGAAAUAUUCGAAGUUAAUAAUACUUAUUAGUAGCGUCAUUGCAAUAGUAUUCGUUUCUGUAAAUACGAUUGGAUAUUCAGUCCUAUCUACAAAAUAUGAAAUUUCCAACUCAUUGUCUUACUUAAUUCUGAACAGUUAUUCAUACAUAUAUCGUGUGACCUGUUACAGUGUUUGUAUAGCUUCUUCUAUUAUUGUUAUGGUGAUAAUGAUUGCCAUGGUAAUUUAUAAGCAAAAUGUUCGGACAGAGAAAACAUGUGAAGAAUCUGACUACUCAGAGCCACCAACCCCUGAGAGACUAAAUAUAAACAUACCAAGCUUACUCAUUAAAGGUGCUGAUGAUGAUAAUGAUAGUGAUAACGAGGAGAACGAAAACAACGAGAAAAAAUCCUUUCAUGAUUCUACAAAACAUCUUGGUCCACAAGAUGUUUCAUCAAUAAAAGAUGACAAUACUUCUACAUUAGGAGAGCUACCAUCUCCUUCUCGUACAAAAAAUAAUCACCUUAGUGUAAAUAUGGCAGCCAUUUUAGGCAGACGUCGACAUACAAUUGGCCAAAUAGGGUCCACAGGCCUGGAUGUAAUGGAAAAGGCCAAACAAUACAAUUAUGUAAGAAAGUUCUCUGUGGAUAUUCAGGCCUUGCAAGCACAAUUAGAAAAUCCUAAAAUUCAUGGAGGAAACUUUCCUUUUAGAUCAGAUACUGAAUUACAAAAGACUGCCCAGAAUGACAGGAAAGAGUUUCUUAUACGUAGACCACAAACUCCUAAUUUGGAUUCAAGAAUGUGGGAGAAUGAUUUCUCUGAAAGCAGAGAAGACAUAUCGAAAAGUAAUGAAGAAUGCUGUAGGACUUCAAUCCAUUCUCAAAAGUCUACAAAAUCCAACAGAUCUAGCAAAUCAUAUAAAUCCAGUAGGUCAAAUAAAUCCAGCAGGUCAAAUAAAUCAAGCAGACGAAACUCUAGUCAUGACACAGUCAGUCCUCCAAUCAUAACCCUAUCAGAAACAACAGCGGAGGAACAACAUGUCCUUGACCUUCAAGAAGACAAAGGACCAACUUACAUAAAGCUUUGUUGUCUAUUAAUAGUAACAUUUAUAUGUUGUUUACUACCCAUGUAUAUAACGGAGACUGUUCGUCAUCGUUUAUCAUCUGCCGCGUACAUUAACAUUGUGACCUGUACUAUGGCUCUGUCUGUUGUACAGACAAUUAUAUAUCCACAUGUUUUAUUCUGUAUGGAUAACUUUAUACAUAAUUCUGUACAUAAAUUUUUUGGUAAAUUUCACAGCCAAGUUAUGUUGGUUUGUUAUGAAAGACAAGCAGUACCUACAGACAACAUUGAUAUUACAGUUACCCAAGUGUAGUAUGUCUAUUUAUAAAUAUAUUAUUUCUAUUUCAAUAUCAUAUUGAAUUAUAUCAUGUAUAACUG